CCACCAUUUUGUCCCUCCCCUUUUCCCGUCCAUUCCCGUCAUGGCGCUGGUCUCGGCCGAUUCCCGCAUCGCGGAGCUGCUGGGGGAGCUGCACCAGCUCAUUAAACAGACGCAGGAGGAGCGAUCCCGCAGCGAGCACAACCUGCUCAACAUCCAGAAAACGCACGAGAGGAUGCAGACCGAGAACAAGAUCUCUCCCUAUUACAGGACCAAGCUUCGAGGUCUCUACACCACGGCCAAGGCUGACGCUGAGGCCGAGUGCAACGUUCUCCGCCGGGCCUUGGAUAAAAUCGCCGAGAUCAAAUCCCUGCUGGAGGAGCGGCGCAUCGCAGCGAAAAUCGCCGGGAUUUACAGCGAGGCGGAGCCGCCCAGGAAGACGAUGAGGAGGGGGGUGCUGAUGACGCUGCUGCAGCAAUCGGCCAUGACGCUGCCGUUGUGGAUUGGGAAACCGGGAGAAAAGCCUCCCCCCCUCUGCGGGGCCGUGCCGGCAGCCGGGGAUUACGUUGCCAAACCCGGGGACAAAGUUGCUGCCAGGGUGAAAGCGCUGGAGGGAGACGAGCAGUGGAUCCUGGCCGAGGUGGUGAGCUACAGCCAUGCAGCCAACAAGUACGAGGUCGACGACAUCGAUGAGGAAGGCAAAGAGCGUCACACGCUGAGCCGGCGCCGCAUCAUCCCCCUGCCGCAGUGGAAAACGAACCCCGAGACCGACCCCGAGGCUCUGUUCCACAAGGAGCAGCUGGUGCUGGCCCUGUACCCACAAACCACCUGUUUUUAUAGAGCUCUGAUCCAUGCUCCUCCUCAGAGGCCCCAGGAUGAUUAUUCUGUGCUUUUUGAGGACACCUCCUACGCCGACGGGUACUCGCCCCCGCUCAACGUGGCGCAGCGCUACGUGGUGGCCUGCAAGGAGACCAAGAAAAAAUGAAAUUUUGGGGCAAAAAAAGCCAAAAUCGGGAAAAAUGGACCCAAAAAAUGGAAAGGGGGGA